GACUUCUACAUCUCCUCAUGCUCAACACUUGAGCUUCUGCUGAAGGGUUUUCUCACAGAGGAUGGAACUGUAGACCAUCUGCUCUUCCUGCUGAAGCAUAUUAAUUUUUGGCUGCAAGGAAGCAGGGAAGAAAAGCUCCGGGCCCUAACAUGUGCUUCAGCCCUAAUUGACCAUGCCACCGAUAUCCUAGGCCCUAAAGCAGCAGAACAAUUCCCUGAAUGGGGUCAGAUGGUGUGCCAGUACAUCAUCCAUAUCAGUUCCAGCAACCCGGUAGUGAGUGAGGCAGCGAGGGAUGUUCUUUCAUCCAUGUACAAGUUCCUCUGGAUCCAGAAAAGGCUUUCUCUAGCAUACCUCCAAGAGUUUUGGUGCCCUGAAUACUGUGACACAGAAAUGCUGGGCUAUGUGGAUACCUGUCUGGCAGUAGAGGCAUUUCAGAAAAUUCUGAGUGAAAAGCAGAGGGUAGGCAUGAUCAAUGCUGCCUGGUUGGCCACUCAUAACCCCCGGCCAUAUAUCAGCGUGCCUGGAUUGCUGGUACUUUAUGCGUUUGUGGGGAAAGCCGAUACCUUUUUGAGGACAAACCGAGAGGUUGUGCAGAAGAGUAUCUUAGAUGCUGUGCACCAACUGAAGAAUAAAAAUAAGAUACCCAGAGCACUGCAAGUCCUUUUACACACCCAAG